AUGUCCGGCCGCACCAAAUCUCCUGCCUCAACAGCGUCGGCGUCCUCGUCGCGCAACGCCGCUCGCCGCCUCAUCAAGGAGCUCGACACAUGGCAUGCAGAGGCACCGGAGGAGAAGGGGAUCGAGCGCCUGGGGCCCGUCUCCGAGGACGACCUGCUCACAUGGGAGGCAGUCGUCAACGGGCGGGGCGUAGGCGGCGGCUACGAUGACGGCCGCUGGCUCCUGCACAUCUCCAUCCCGCCGACGUACCCGCUGCAGCCGCCGGCGAUCCGCUUCGCGACGCCGAUCGUGCACGCCAACAUCGCGCUGCAGACGGGCGAGAUCUGCCUGGACCUGCUCAAGGACAAGUGGACGCCGGCGUACUCGGUGCUCGAGUGCGUGCGCGCCGUGCGCAUGCUGCUGGCGUACCCCGUGCCCGACAGCCCGCUCAACGUCGACGUCGCGGCGCUGCUGCGGGGCGGCGACGUCCUGGGCACGCGGAGGCUGGUCGAGCUGUGGUGCAGCGAGGGGGAGGGCCGAUAUGAUGGGAAGUAA